AUGGAGGGUGGCUGCACAAACCUCACCGACGUCACGCGCUCGACGCAGCUGCUCAAGAUCAACGGCUACUGCAUGGCCAAGACCAUGGACAGCGACGACGGCCCCAUCAAAUCCAGGUGGAACGUCCAUGGGUACGACUGGGAAGUCCACCUCUAUCCCGCAGGCCUGUCCGGACGUCGUGUUUCCAGUCCGUCUUUAGCUCUGAAACUUAUCUUCGUCGGUGAAGCCCGCACGGGCAGCGUGAGGGCGAGUCUAUGCUGCCGGCUGGUAGAUCCAAGGGGGAAGCUCAAACCAUUUGAGGAGAAGAUCGAAGCAGGAACAUUCAAGCGUCCCCAAGAUUGCUCGAGUGCAGUGCUGGUGAUGCCGAUGGAGUAUCUAGAAAAGUCGGGCUAUCUCAAAGAUGAUUCUCUGACCGUUGAGUGCACCCUCACCGUGCCCAAGGAAAUACCCGAUGUGGUGACGAGAUCAAAUGAUGAAGUGGAUGUCCCGUCACCCGGCUUGCACCAUGACCUCGGUGAGCUCCUGCAGAGUGAGACCGGUGCGGACGUCACGUUUGUCGUCUCCGGCGAGUCAUUCGCGGCGCACAAGGCCAUACUCGCCGCAAGGUCCCCUGUUCUCAUGGCGGAGUUCUUUGGGAAGAUGAAGGAGAAGACCUGCAGGCGCGUCGAGGUGAAGGACAUGGAGGCGCCGGCAUUUGAGGCCAUGCUGCAUUUCAUCUACACUGACACGGCACCUGAGCUCGAUGAACCGCUGGAGACGAAGGUUGUUAUGGCUCAGCAUCUACUCGCUGCUGCUGACAGGUAUGGGCUGGAUAGGCUCAAGCUGAUGUGUGAAGACAGGCUUUUCCGGGGCAUCACUGUCGACACCGCUGCGACGACUCUGGCUCUAGCGGAGCAGCAUAGCUGUUCCUUGCUCAAGGAUAAGUGUUUAGAGUUUAUCGUCAGCACUCCUGCCAUCCUUGAUGCCGUCAUGGUGACGGAGGAGUAUACCCAACUGGAGGAAACCUGCCCUUCGGUCCUGCGCGAGCUUCUCAAGUCUAUACAUGUCACUCAAUCAUACCAGAGCAAUGGAGGGAUGUUCAGUGUUAAGUUUAUUUUCAGUAAUUUUGAGGUGAUCACUAGCUUUGGCUCACCUGCUUUUAUUGAUCCAGCAGCUUUGGGAAAUGAUACAUUUAAUGGGCCAGUCAGGACGCCUGCAGCUGAAGAGCACACCGGUGAGACGGCUGAAGGAUCCACUCCUCCCGAUGAUGGCUUGCUGAGCUCCCUUGAACUUGAUCGAGAAUAUGCUUGGGGUGGUAGUUUAUUCUGUGUCUGA